GUAUAAUGGAAUGUGCUUACAAGGACCUGCAGGAGUGCCUGGUCGAGAUGGAAACCCUGGGGCCAAUGGCAUUCCUGGUACCCCUGGGAUCCCAGGUCGGGAUGGAUUCAAAGGAGAAAAGGGGGAAUGCUUGAGGGAGAGCUUUGAGGAGUCCUGGACACCCAACUACAAGCAGUGCUCAUGGAAUUCGCUGAAUUAUGGCAUAGAUCUUGGAAAAAUCGCGGAGUGUACAUUUACAAAGAUGCGUUCGAACAGUGCUCUGAGAGUUUUGUUCAGUGGCUCACUUCGGCUCAAAUGCAGAAACGCAUGCUGUCAGCGCUGGUAUUUCACAUUCAACGGAGCGGAAUGUUCAGGACCUCUUCCCAUUGAAGCCAUCAUUUAUUUGGACCAAGGAAGCCCUGAACUGAAUUCAACAAUUAACAUCCAUCGCACUUCUUCCGUGGAAGGACUUUGUGAAGGAAUUGGUGCCGGCUUAGUGGAUGUUGCUAUCUGGGUGGGCACUUGUUCAGAUUACCCAAAAGGAGAUGCUUCCACAGGAUGGAAUUCGGUGUCUCGCAUCAUUAUUGAAGAACUACCAAAAUAAAUCCUUUAAUUUUCAUAUCCUACCUCUUUUUUUAUUAUAUCUUUGAAUGGUUCAUUUAAAUGGCAUUUUAAAAUCAUUUGUAUGUAUGCAUCUGAAGGAAAAACACAACUAAACAUGUUUACAGACCAAAGUGUGAUUUCACACUGUUUUUAAAUCUAGUAUUAUUCAUUUCACUUCAAUAAAAAAUGGUUUCAGGGUUUUUUAGUUGAUUAGGAUGCUUUCUUCGUAUUAACUUUCUUUGAACCUAUAGUCUGGAAUGUUGUCUUUAGUUUUCUUCUAUUCCCUUAGUACAGCAUUUGAAAAAAUAGAAAAGCUACCAGUCUUCAUACAAGUUGUAAAUGUUCGGAAUUGUUUUAUAUCUGUUAAAUAAAACUUAUUGCCAACAACUUUA